AUGAAUUCUAAUAUUGAAAAUCAAUUAAUACACGAUUUAAAUCAAAGUUCAUUUUUUUCUAUUUGCAUCGAUGAGAGUACAGAUAUAACAUCGUCUGCGCGUCUUUCAAUAAUUUCUCGUUUCUGUAUUAACGAUGAAGUUCGUGAAGAACUUAUAAAAUUAGCAUCUAUACCAGCUAAAACUACUGGUGAAAAUAUAUGUGAAGUUGUUGUAAAUGUCCUUGAAGAUAUUGGAUUAAAUUUAUCUAAAAUUAUAUCAGUAACUACCGAUGGCGCCCCUUGUAUGAUUGGAAAAGACCGUGGUUUUGUUAACCUUUUUUCAAAGAAAAUUGGACAUCCUUUAAUUGGUUUUCAUUGUAUAAUUCAUCAGGAAGCGUUGUGUGCUAAGGAUGGACUAUUGCAGUAUGAAAAUAUUUUAAAGCUUGUAACAAAAAUUGUAAACUUUAUAAACGCCCGAGCAUUAAAUAAAAGGCAAUUCAGUUUAUUAUUAGAAGAAGUAAAUUCUAUUCAUAAAGGACUCGUGAUGCUUAGGACUGUCAAUAAAUUAUCAUCGUUGGAUUGGUUAAAAAUUGUUUUUCCUAAAUUACAUGACGUAUGGUAA